UCCUCUCCAGGAGGUCGAGGUCGGGCAUUCUCUCUGCUGCCCACUUGGCAGGCCCUGCUGCCAUGGGGUCCACACAGCAAGUGGUGAAGACGAUUCUGGGCAUGGUGGGGACCAUGGGACUCGGGAUUGCGCUCUGGGUGGGGAUGACGCCCAACGAGGAGCAGAUGAAGUUGAGAGCAAAGGAACUUCCUCGUUCCAGCCCUCAGCAGCAGGCCGAGCAGCGACAGCUGAAUGCUGCAGUGAUGGCAGUGCUCAAAGAGGCAGCUGAAACCAAUGAGAACGUGGCACGGAGACCAUGGCCCUGGAAGAAGUAGCAGUGGCCAGUGGUGGAAACGGCCCGCCCCACUUGGACAGUCUGAUCAGCUUGCCCGCGCUCCAGGGUCCAAAACGAGAAAGACGGUUCUUUGCUGCUGAUGCUCUGGGACUGGCCAGUAGUUGCAUGAUGGAGCUUGGAGGGGUUUUGCGGUCUGCCUACCGAGGAUAUCCUCUGGUUUCCAACUGCAGCCGCCCACCUUCUCUGCUGUGGGGUACGGCUUUGCUGCUGUGGAAGAAGCGAGAGAUAAAAGGGCCUUCGAAAACGGCAACAGCACCUUGGAACGGCAUUCUGGGCUUAUUUGUCGGUGGGCUGUCCAGUUUCUUGAGCAGUCGUGAUGACGAAUGGGGAGGGAGAGCUUAUACGUUGCGAGGACCCAUGAGGGCGGGAGAUGGGUCUCUGUGCAUUGCACACACUGCGCAGGAUCCCCAUUGCUGUGGAUCAGGCCACCUGGUGCACAGCGUGGGGACCAGCUUCUGCAACAGGAGUUAG